CAAGAAAUGCAUUGGUGUGGCACUAAGGGAUGUGGUUAGUGGGCAUGGGUUGACAGUUGGACUAGUUCACUGUUUCCAGACUCAAUGACUGUGUGAUUCUCCCCUGCCUCUCCCACUGCUGACUCUCAGUAACAAUGUUACUGCUUGGUGUCUAAUGGCCUCGUAUCAGGUGAAAACAUGGCAUGUUAAAAAGCUCUUUUCUAGAAAAACAACUAAAGUCAAUGCAGUUUCAGAUGUUACCAUGCAUCUUCCUUGUAGUGGAGAGGAGGAAACAGCACACUGACAUUGAAAGCCAGUGUGCCUCAUUAGUGCGGUCUGAGGGCUGUGGGUGAGGUGGCAUGCAGGCCUUGUUAAAGGAUGCAGCCUGUAAGGAGUACUGUUGGUUGGUUUUGUCUGCUGUGGUGUCUGUCCCUUUCUGGAUGGAUAUCUGCAUAUCGUUUUCCUUAGUUAAUUAUUUAAGCAGGCAUUUCUCUGUAAGAAUUCCAACAAGCUGAAGUAAUUCAAAUGUUGUUCUGGUGAGAUGAGAAAAGUUUAGGGACUGAACACUCACAUGUAGCUGUUACUUAUUCAUCUGGCUUCAGUUCCUUGGGUUAUACAUGGAUAUUCAAGGGCUGUCAGCAUGCCAGUGUGGGGACAACUGGCUGCUCAGCUCUCAGCAACAAUUGGGUGCCCUCAUCCCAACCACUGUGUGCAGGGCUCAGGCUUGCUGGCUGUCAUUACACAGAUCUAGAGAAGUAUGCUAAGAAGUAAACAUUACUGUAAUUAAACCAAGUCGCCUCUCCUCAUUCCGUGAAGUCAGUGAGGUCGGUGCUGAGGGAGGGUUUGGUGGGCCUGGGUUCUGUGUAGAUAUUCUCACCUAGAGGUGUGGGCCAACAGUAGAGCAGAGCUGGGAGGGCCUGGGAGGAAGGCUUUGGAGGGAUCUGGGCUUCUUCUGUGUGUCACUGGGAUGCCAGUGGGUCUGCUGUCUCCUGGGACAGACUUUUGCUGGUCCCUCACCCUGCACCAGUGAGAGGGCUUCAGUUUGCUGCCCUCAGCACGCUCUCUGCUGCUUUGUCACUAAGACACCUGUCACUAUUUUUUUUGCAGGUUUAACACAAACUGUUUACCAGCCAUGACUCUCGGUGUCCUGUACCGAAACUAAUAAAGCAUCUGUGCACUUUAAUCUCAAGUCUAUGCCACCGUGCUAGAACAGAGUGAGCUGUGCCUUGAACCUUGGAUAUAAAGAUCUACUAGCCAAAGUCUUGUUCCUGCCUUAGUAAUGUUCCAGAGGUUAAAUAACAUGUUCAUGGGAGAGAUUGAUGGCUUGUCCAGCCAAGAGCCAGAGUUCAGUGAGAAAGAAGAUGACGAGUGGAUUCUAGUUGACUUCAUAGACACUUGCACUAACUGCACCACGGAGCAAGAUGACAUUGCUGAAACAUCACCUGCAGGCAGCUCGCCUGUCUUCACCUGCCUGCCAUCUCCCCUGGAGCACUUGCCUGAGGCUGGCGAGUCGUGCUUCAUCCAAUUUGAGUCAUGCCCCAUGGAGGAGAGCUGGUUCAUCACCCCUCCGCCAUGUUUCACUGCAGGUGGGCUGACUGCCAUCAAAGUGGAAACCAGCCCUAUGGAGAACCUCCUCAUUGAGCACCCGAGCAUGUCUGUCUAUGCUGUCCACAAUGCCUGCCACAGCCUCGGCGACACUGGAUGUGGGGAUGAGGAAUUCUGCAGACCAGGCAGUCCCAGACUGGAGGCCCGAAAUGAAACAGGACAGCGUGUUCACUGCUUUGUCACAGCUCUUCCUACUCGUUCAAGUUUUCUGGAAAAAAACAAGAGCUUUCGUCCUACCCACUGGAUAAAAGAACACAGCGAAAGACACUAUCUCAACAGAAAUGGUCUCCGUCGCCAAAACCUCACCAGGGAUUGCCACUCUCGGCAUAUCAAGCACAACGGACUGUUUGUUCACCAGCCUUGCCAGCGUCAGUUCAAUUACUGAUGGCUCUCGUGUUUUAAUCUAUGAUCUGAUUGUUUCUUAGGUUGCUCAUGUUUUCAUGCAUAGGUAAGUGUGGUCAGCCUGCUGCUGAUCAUCGAUUCCCUCAGACACAAUCACACAACUAGUGAUGCAUUUGGUUGAAGUGACACAUCUCCAAAAAUCUUGCUGCAAGUCUAAAUUAUGUUAAAUAUGGGUGUCUUAGAAGCCUGUCAGUACAGUAGCUCAUGUGCUGACCUAUCUACUAUGUAUAGAUAGGUUCAUAGAUAGUUAAGCUUCUUUAAAAGACUGAGAUAGAAAAUCAGUUACGUCUUUGCAUUCAUCAAAGUGGAGUUUGAAAAUUUGAAGUUAGCCAUAUGCUUUAAUGACAAGUACUUGACAGCUUGUGUAUCUCUCUGUAUUGGGCAUACAUGAUUAAGUUCUAACAAGGAAAUACUGUAGCUGCUAGUGGAUAUUACGUAGCUAUGCUGAACUGUUACAAGGACAACUAAUCUGAAUUGCCUAGUACCUACCUGUGUUUGCAUGGAGUCUGUGUAGUUGUGUUAGGUACUUAAUGUGAGUAUCAGAAAAGGGUUAAACGUCCCUUUGGUAUUUCCGCAGUAUCCAUGGCACUGGUGUUACAGAUGAAGUACCUCACAGUGGAGUGAAAGGAAAAGUGGGCCUAUGGGUUAAGUACAGAUGCAUAACCCGGAGAGCUGAACUGUUCUACUUGGUACAGUUCGAGUUCUCUUCCCUUUCUAACUCUCUUUAUUAUUGAAGAAGAUCAAUUUCUUCUAAAACCUAAUCUAUUCCAUUUGUUCUGUAGUCUAGUUACCCCAAAAAAUAGUGGAUCAACUGUUCUUCUAAUCCCACUGGUAGCUGACUGCUUUUUCUAAGAAGUCAGGCUGAUGCUCAGUUAUUUCUGAGCUGCAGAUUGCUGUUAGAUUUUCUUGUUUACAGGCUGAGAGUUGCUCGAAAAUAGCUGGAAGGAGGACUUCUGAUAGAAGUUCUUCUAACUCUUCUCACCUGUCCUCCCACUUAAUCAAGUCUGAGAUCAGUUGUGACUGGAAAUGAAGGGCAGUGGGUAGCAAGGAGAAGAGAGUGCUGAAACAGUCUUACAGAACUAAAUACAGAUAAUGGUAUAUUAAAUUUGAGGCACUUCAGCAGUGUUUUUUUCUUUAAGUCAACAGAGAGCAGAAAGACUGAAUAUUAAUUUUGUGGGCCACCAGGAAAGAAAAGCCAUUCAAAACUAAUAAAUACUUAAGUAUUCAUACUUAAGUAUUCAUUCUUAAGAACAUUCUGCAAGAUACAUUGGAAGUAGGUGGGCACUUAAAGGCAAAAAAAAAAAAAAAAAAACCCAGCUUAUUAAUAGAUUGUACAUUACACUGCAGCCACACUGAACACUGAUAGGUAAUCUAGAAAGUGGGUUAAAUCUCUUUGAAGGAGAGAGGGAACAAAUUCUCACAAAAAAAAGGGGGAAUAAGUAAUUUUACCUCCUUUCUGUCAGUGCUCAAAUGUUGUGUGGUCCUUUUUUUUUUUUUUCCCCUCCCUGUGCUGGGUGCCUAGGGCAUUAAAGUGUUAAUGUUGCAUUCAGUCAUGUCUUCCAGUAAUCCUUAGACAGAAGUUUCCAUAAGGACUCAUGUGGGGAGCAUUGGAAAUUGGGUGAUGUCAAUGUGAAUUGUUCCAGACCUGCAACACUUGUUUUCUGAAUCCAUCCAAAUGCUUCAAAUUUUCUCAGAAGCCCAACAAUUUGAAUUAGUAUUGAUGUAGUUAGAGUGUAGUGCAUGAUGUAGUUACUGCACAUAGUGCAGCUGGAAUUGCUGGGGAGCAUACCUAGUAUGCAGAAAACAGCAUUUAUUUCAGUUUUCAUUUCUCACUUCAGUUUUGCUGCUUACCUGGGAUUAGAUAGGGUCGUUGCAAGGGGAUGUUGGCAAAUACAUGCAUGUGUAAGAGCAAGUGGUGCUUUCCUGGAUACGCUGGUCUUUAAAACACAUGGAGUUUGUGUGAACUGGAAAGAGAACAAAAUUGGCCAUGUUAUGAGGCUCAGAAAUAGCAGUGAGGGUGUUACUGCUCUUUAAAGCCUUAUGUACCCAUGUUCAUACAAAACUUUUGUGGUCCAAAUGCUCUGGUUUAUCUCCAAGUAGCUGUAGUCUCUCCAGUCUUGCGUUUGUACGUAUCUGUAUCUGGCAUGAACUUCUACUUGCCUCAGAUGAUCUACCUUUACCACUCCAACUCUUUGUCCAGCUUAAACUUCCUUCUCCUCACUGCCAACUUUCAAGCUCAGGAAAAUUCUGUGCUUUCCUGUAUUUUUUUUUUU